CCAAGAAUAGAGGGCCUCAUUCCGAUGAAAGAAAUCUAGCGUCUGGAUCACACUUCAGCUUCUUCACCCCUUGGACUUGAGAGUCAUCACGGAGAAAUGGACAGCCGCAACGUCAUCGUUUGCGACAAUGGCACUGGGUAUGUCAAGUGUGGCUUUGCAGGUGAGAAUUUUCCCACAUCAGUAUUCCCUUGCGUUCUUGGAAGGCCAAUGCUAAGAUAUGAGGAAUCCCUCAUGGAACAAGAAGUCAAGGACAUUGUUGUUGGAGAUGCUUGUUUGAAACUGAGGCAUCAGCUGGAUAUUUCCUAUCCUGUCAACAAUGGGAUAGUGCAAAAUUGGGAUGAUAUGGGCCAUGUAUGGGAUCAUGCCUUUUUUAAUGAGCUGAAGGUAGACCCAACAGAGUGUAAGAUCUUGCUCACUGAUCCCCCUUUGAACCCAUCCAAGAAUCGUGAAAAGAUGGUUGAGACCAUGUUUGAGAAGUAUAACUUCGCUGGUGUCUUCAUACAAGUUCAAGCUGUUUUAACAUUGUAUGCUCAAGGUUUGCUUACAGGAUUAGUUAUUGACUCUGGUGACGGUGUUACGCAUGUGGUUCCGGUUGUGGAUGGAUACUCAUUCCCUCAUCUCACAAAAAGAAUGAAUGUGGCUGGACGCCAUAUUACAUCAUAUCUCGUAGAUUUGCUCCAACGGAGAGGGUAUGCAAUGAAUAGAAGUGCUGACUUUGAGACAGUUAGGGAUAUUAAAGAGAAAUUAUGCUACAUAAGUUAUGAUUAUAAAAGGGAAUAUCAAUUGGGACUUGAGACAACCAUCCUUGUUAAGAAUUAUACAUUACCUGAUGGAAGGGUGAUUAAAGUUGGGACUGAGAGAUUCCAGGCAUCUGAGGCUCUUUUCACUCCGGAAUUGAUUGAUGUUGAAGGUGAUGGAAUGGCUGACAUGGUGUUUCGCUGCAUUCAGGAAAUGGAUAUUGACAACCGCAUGAUGCUAUACCAGCAUAUUGUUUUGAGUGGAGGAAGUACAAUGUAUCCUGGGUUACCGAGUCGCUUGGAGAAAGAAAUUUUAGAUCGCUAUCUUGAUGUUGUUCUGAAGGGAAACAAAGAUGGAUUAAAGAAACUGCGGUUGCGAAUAGAGGAUCCACCACGAAGAAAGCAUAUGGUAUACCUCGGAGGAGCAGUUCUUGCAGGAAUUAUGAAGGAUGCACCUGAGUUUUGGAUUAGCAGGCAAGAUUAUUUAGAAGAGGGAGUUGCGUGUUUAAGCAAGUGUGGCCAGGCAUGAGUUCAUUUGGCAGAAGUUGUAAAAGGCAGAAGAUCUGGAACAGGGUUGCAGUUGGAAUUGAAAGGGGUGGAUGUAUCACUUGGGUGGCGCAGAAGAGCUUCAUUUUUGUUUCCUUAAGGACUUCAUUACUUGGCUUACCUACAAAACAGUGGUCUUGUACUAACAUUGAAUUUGUUGCCUGUACUACAUAGUUCCUACGCUUAUAGAUGUGUAGUGUAAGUUUUGUGAAGAAUCUUUAGUUGUUGCUUUGUAAUUAUUGUAAGAUCCUUUCCUUCAUUCGUGACCCGGUUUUUAAUCGGACGUAGAUGAUUCUGAUAAACUAAAAUUUCAACAAUCA